ACGAUCUUUUCGCAAUCGAAGACAAUCGAUCCUUUCCAACAGUAGAUAAGAAUCGAACAUCGAUUCAUCGUUCGAUCAUUACCCACCCCAUUGCUCUUACUCUAUGACGUACUUUUUGUUGAUUGUCAGAAUUAUGACCGGGCAGAGCAGUGUUUAAUGUUAAUGUGUAUAAAUUGACGACGAGUUAUAGGGGACAAAAAAGAACGGAACAUUAAUCUCGUUCGAGUGUAAACGUCACUAUCGUCAGUGCAGUCAGGUGAUCACGCCAUCAUGGAUCAGGAGGACUACCUAACGAUAUUGAAAAUUCUUAUGAUAGGCGAAUCGAACGUAGGAAAGUCAAGUAUACUCCUGAGAUUCACCGAAGAUGAAUUCUACGAGAAUAUGCAGAGCACGGUUGGUAUGGACUACAAAACCAAGCAAAUCUCCAUCGAUGGCAAUAUAGUGAAACUCGCAAUUUGGGAUACUGCAGGUCAAGAACGAUUUCGUACUUUAACACCAAGCUACUACAGAGAUGGUCAAGGUGCUAUUUUAAUGUAUGACGUUACGGAUCGAAAUACCUUUGUGAAAUUAGAGACAUGGCUCAAUGAAUUAAACACAUACUGCAAUAAAACAGAUAUUGUCAAAAUGGUAGUGGGUAACAAAAUAGAUUUACCAAACAGAGAAGUGAGCACUGAGGAAGGCCUGCAGUUUGCCAGAAGACAUCAAACCUUGUAUAUUGAGAGCAGUGCAAAAACAGCAGAUGGUGUGAAAUGCUGUUUUGAGGAACUUGUACAAAAAAUAAUACAAACACCUGGUCUUUGGGACACUCAUUCAGCCCGAUUUUAUGAUAAUGGCACCAUGGGUGGUGCAAGGCAUCGAACUGGCAAAAGAGGAAUGCAGUUGACUGUCAACGAUCACCAACAGCAGGAUGUGUAUUCAAAUUGUUACUGUAUCCUGCUAUAAUCGACCGUGAAAAGUUGCUACAAUGAACCUGUGCGCACUAUACAAGUUUAAUUUGACGUGGGAAAUAAAUCUGAGAGAGACCGCGUGCAGACGCGAAGGAAACUGGAUACAGUACAUCAUACAUGCUUCAUACAUGCUACAUAUUCAAAUUUUAUCAAAAUAUAAUUGAAAGAUAUGCAUGUACUCGUAACACAUAUAGAUUACUGUUAGAGACUAUCUAAAUAUGGAAUACGAGUCUUUAGACUGAACUUUGCGCGUCCUUGUAAAUACAUUUUAUUAACAGAUGUACUGUGAGGAAAUGGUCGUAGUGUUUGAUGAAACGUUUGUACGAACCAUAAUCUGUGUUCCGUUAUUCACAAUUUUUGUACAAUUAGUAGUAACUUAAAAGUUUUCAUCCUUUCGAUUGUUUUCAUCGUUUUAUAUUAUGCACAAUACGUGCGCUUGACGCAUAUCGUUGUUACGUCACUUACAUCCGGAUAACGUGUAUUAUACUGUAAAAAUGUAUUUAAGGAUUCUGCUUGCUACUUUGUCUAUGUUAUGUGCUAACCU